UUCUUCUUCUUCUUCUUCCUUGGAUUCUGCAACUGUAGCCCUUUUUCCGGCAGCCAUGUCUUCGUCGGGAGCUAAAGACGGACCUUCUUCAUACCAUUUUGAAACCCCUCUUCUCGACGCUGAGUUGCCGUCGCUGCUACACUCAAUCUGUGAGCACGGUGGCUAUGCCUACAUCAGUAUGGCGGCUCUCGCGGCUGCCGGAGACUCACAUGCUGCCGAGGCAGCUAGUGAGAUGGCUUGGGAGCAGCUUCAUUCUGGCCCUUGGCACUCUGUUCUCCCUAUAUGGCGUGAUGCCUACUCCAUGGCUUGCCUCUACAUGGCCAGGUUCCAUUUUGCUGGCGGCGACUUUAAGGAGGCUCUUAGGGUUUUGGAUAUGGGAGUGAUCAUGGGUGGUCCGCUUUUGAGGAGUGAUUUGGAUUCUGCCAUUGCGAAAGUAUCUGCUGCGGCGAGGGUUGUUAGGGUUUUGGAUGUUGCGGAGAAGGAUGAUCAAUUGGAGCCUCCGUUGGGUUGUGAGGAGCGGAAUAACGAGGUUCCUUGGAAUUUACCAGUAAAGGCUCUCACUAAUAAGAUAGUAGCAAAGAUGUCUGCUUUAUCUCUAGAGGGAUUCUUGCGUGAAUAUUUCCAACCAGGUUUCCCAGUUAUUAUUAGUGAUGGUAUGGCUCAUUGGCCAGCUAGGACAAAGUGGAAGAACAUGGAUUACUUACAAAAGGUUGCUGGCGACCGUACGAUCCCAGUUGAGGUUGGGAAGAACUAUUUACGUCCAGAAUGGAAACAAGAGCUUAUUACGUUUUCCGAAUUUCUUGUCAGGAUUCAGUCCAAUAACCGUUCUGAUGAUAUAACGUAUCUCGCUCAACAUCCAUUAUUUGACCAGAUAGAUGAGCUCCGGAAGGACAUUUGUAUUCCUGAUUACUGUUUUGUUGGUGGCGGAGAGUUAAGAUCUCUUAAUGCUUGGUUUGGCCCACCUGGGACAGUAACACCUUUACACCAUGAUCCUCAUCACAAUAUAUUAGCUCAGGUUUUAGGCAAAAAGUACGUUAGGCUUUAUGAUGCUUCGUUGUGUGAGGAACUUUACCCAUACACUGAAACUAUGCUUUGCAAUUCCAGCCAGGUCGAUCUAGACAACAUAGAUGAAAAAGAGUUUCCAAAGGUGGUGGACUUGGAUUUUGUGGACUGCAUUCUAGAGGAAGGUGAGAUGCUAUAUAUCCCACCAAAAUGGUGGCACUAUGUUCGAUCCCUAACAACUAGCUUUUCUGUUAGCUUUUGGUGGAACAAUUGUGAUGAAAAUUGAACCGCUUCCUGAUAUUAAUGCCAUUUUUUUUGCCCUCAUUCUUUGUUUUGAUAUAGAACAUUGAGAAAACUAUAUUAUUAGCCUCUGCUUCUAAUGAUUUGGUAUACCCCUUACCCACACAAGAUGGUGCCUUUGUCAUAAUGUCAAUACAGAUGGUGUACCGAUUAUUAUUGCACUUUUGAAAGCCAUUGUCGCUCUUGAUACAAUGCAUUAUUGUUUUGGCCU